AUGUGGCGCAGCGCGCGGGUGUUCGUACUCGCGGCGCUGAGCCUCUUCGAGCCUUCGCUCUGCGCCAAAAAGUACAAUAUCACUAUCGGCUACCUGCCCUGCCUCACAGGUGAACUCCGAGAUAGACAGGGGCUAACUAUUUCUGGAGCUCUUUCCAUCGCCCUUGAAGAGCUGAACAGCAAUGCAGACUUAUUACCUGACGUAGAACUAAUGCUUCAAUGGCACGACACCAAGUACGAUACGGUGACUGCCACACGUCUGCUCACUGACAUGAGCUGCGAGGGUGUCGUUGCUUUCUUUGGACCAGAGGGCAAGUGUCGUACCGAAGCUAUCAUUGCGCAGUCCAGAAACUUACCCAUGAUCUCUUAUAGAUGUUCCGACUAUCAAACGUCAACAUUAUCAAAUUUUGCAAGGUUGGAGCCGCCGGGAGCUCAGGCGACAAAAUCUGUGAUUUCAUUGUUACGAUACUAUAGAUGGCAUAAGUUCUCAAUUCUAUACGAGGAGACUUGGGUAACUGUAGCUCUGACAUUGGAAAACCAUGCCAAGAGGAACAAUAUGACUGUGAAUCACCAAAGACCAGUCAUUGACGGGUUCAAAUGUUGCGAAGAGAAGCUCCCUUGUUGUGCACCUGGCUUCUGGUAUCAGUUUAUUCAGGAUACCAAGAAUAAAACUAGAAUUUACGUAUUCUUGGGCUCGACAUCUGGUCUCAUAGAAAUUAUGACUGCUAUGGAGACUCACCAGUUAUUCGCAAAAGGCGAAUACAUGGUCAUUUUUGUGGACAUGAUGACGUAUUCACCUAAAGACGCCUUGAAGUAUCUUAUGAAAACUGAAGAUAGGUCUGCGAAAUUGAUAUGUCCUAACACACCGGAGUUCAAGAAACGGGCGCAGUCUCUAUUGGUAGUCGUUUCGUCUGAACCUUCCAGUAGCUAUGAAAUAUUUACUAACAAAGUGCGCAAGUAUAACGCCAAGGAACCCUUUAAGUUCCCUGACGUAUUUGGAUCUAAGUUUAAUAAGUUUGUAUCAAUAUAUGCUGCGUAUUUAUAUGAUUCUGUGAAACUUUAUGCCAAGGCUUUGGAUGAAAUCAUUAAAGAAGACCCUGACCCACUAACUUAUACUAAACUACUAAGUGUUGCUACCAAUGGUUCACGAAUUGUUGAGAAGAUGAUUAAAAGUUCGCCAUAUAAAAGCAUAUCUGGUAUGUCUAUACGUCUCGAUGAGAAUGCUGAUUCCGAGGGCAACUUUUCGGUGUUGGCAUUCAAACCGACGACAUACCGAGACGGGCUCGUCCACUGCGCAUCUAGUAUGAUACCUGUCGGCCACUUCCUGCAGAGUAAUAGGGAGUUUCCUGAAUAUAAAGUGAACCAUGGUAGCUCAAUCGACUGGCCGGACUCCGUAAAACCAGAGGACGAGCCCUCCUGCGGGUUUCUAAAUGAAAAGUGUCCGAAAGACGAUUCGCAAGUUACAUCCUUAGUAGUGGCGGGGACAUUAGCUGUCACAUUAUUUUGCGCUCUCGUCGUCACCAUCAGUAUAUACCGCAAGUGGAAGAUCGAGCAAGAGAUCGAAGGUCUACUCUGGAAGAUUGAUACACAGGAAAUAGCCGGUUAUUUGGGCAGUGGUCUCGUGUGGUCGCCUAGUAAGUUAAGUUUGGCGAGUGGCAUUUCAGGCGAGAGUAAGUGCUGCACGCAGAUAUUCACUACGACAGCGCAGUACAGAGGAAAUGUUGUUAGAAUUAAGGAACUCAAGUUCUCAAAGAAGAAAGACAUUCCACGAGAGAUAAUGAAAGAAAUGAGGUUAUUGCGGGAACUACGUCACGACAACCUAAACUCUUUCAUAGGUGCUGUCGUAGAGCCGUUGCGCGUGCUCAUACUGACGGACUAUUGUGCCAAAGGCAGUUUAUAUGAUAUAAUUGAGAAUGAAGACAUUAAGUUGGAUAAAAUGUUCAUAUCCUCAUUAAUUCAUGAUCUCAUAAAGGGUAUGAUAUUUAUUCACACGUCGCCCUUAAUUUUUCAUGGAAAUCUGAAGUCUUCUAAUUGUGUAGUCACGUCAAGAUGGAUGCUACAGGUUGCUGAUUUCGGUCUGCACGAACUAAGAGCCUGUGCCGAAAACGAUUUUAUAGGAGAACAUCAAUACUAUAGAGGGUUAUUGUGGAAAGCACCAGAACUGUUGAGGGAGAUGGACAUCCCCAAUGGCACAGUAUGUGGCACGCAAAAAGGCGAUGUCUACGCAUUCGGAAUCAUUCUUUACGAAAUAAUAGCUAGAAGAGGACCUUUUGGUAUGACUGGGACUGAACCUAAGGAUAUAAUCGAGCGACUGAAGAGACCAAAGCAAGAUGGAGAGGAUCUGUUUCGGCCCGACACCAGUUUAAUAGACGCAGAAGACUUCAUAGUGUCCUGCAUGAAAGACUGCUGGGCUGAGGACCCAAACCUAAGACCUGAUUUUCCUAUUAUUAGAAGUCGACUUAAGAAAAUGAAAUCUGGAAAAUCAAGAAACAUAAUGGACCAAAUGAUGGAUAUGAUGGAGAAGUAUGCAAAUAACUUAGAAGAACUAGUCAACGAGAGAACGAGGCUAUUGAUCGAGGAGAAACAAAAGACCGAAGACUUACUUCACAGAAUGCUACCAAAGUCGGUGGCUAGACGUCUGACGACCGGUGAAGGCGUAGAGCCGGAGUCAUUCGACUCUGUGACCAUUUAUUUCAGUGAUAUCGUUGGGUUUACUGCUAUGUCAGCCGAGAGUACUCCCUUUCAAGUCGUUAACUUUCUCAACGACUUGUACACUGUGUUUGAUAGGAUAAUUAGGGGCUACGACGUUUAUAAAGUGGAGACUAUUGGAGACGCUUAUAUGGUGGUUUCUGGUCUACCCAUAAGAAAUAAUGAUAGACACGUGGGUGAAAUUGCAUCUAUGGCAUUGGAACUAUUAAAUGCUGUUAAAAGUCACAAAAUAUCACAUAGACCAAAUGAAACACUCAAACUUAGGAUAGGAAUUCAUACCGGCGCUGUUGUGGCAGGCGUAGUUGGUCUCACAAUGCCACGCUACUGUUUAUUUGGCGAUACAGUCAACACCGCAUCUCGAAUGGAAUCUAAUGGCGAACCACUCAAAAUACACAUAUCGCCUAGUUGCAAACAAGCGCUUGAUAAAAUCGGAGGAUAUGUUGUUGAACCGAGAGGGACUAUUCCAAUUAAAGGGAAGGGACAGGUUCAGACUUAUUGGCUAGUCAGCGCCACAGAGAAAGCUAUCCAGAAAAGACCUGUCGAGGGUGAGGAACGUCCACUAUUUCGUCGUCCUAGACGAAGUCCACGCCUGGCCGACUCCAGACAUCCUUCGCUAUCAGGUGGUGUCCGCCAGCGGCUGUCGAGCGCGGCGCGCGCGGGCGAGGCGGAGGGCACGCGCGGCUCGCGCUGCUCGCUGCCCGCCACCAACACCGCGCACUCGCCCCACGCCGCCCGCCGCUCGCGACCCGACACCAGGCCCAGGCACGCACUGAGCUCGAUAGCGUCCUCUACGGCGUGCGAGAACGACGCGGACAGCGACAGCGAAGCGAUACGGUGGACGGGCGUGCGGUGCUCGGGGCUGCGGUGCGCGCACUCGCUGGACGUGCUGCCGCCGGCGCGGCGCGACGCGCUCGUGCGGCGCCAGCACACCACGCGCUCGCUCGACGCCGACGUGGCCGUCGCCACGGUGUGCAGCGACCCCGUCUUCAACGGCACCAUCAUCGGCAUCGUGACGGACGAUCCGCCGCGCGACGAGGACAGCCCUCUGCUGCGCAAAACGAGCUUGUCUACCAAAAUGGACCGAACGCGGCGAAAGGCCCCCGAAGCUAGCUACAUCGAAUUCUACAAGAGAUGGCGGUCGCUGCAGAACGUAGCCGAGGGCAAGGGCGAGCGCAAGACCCCGCGGUUCACGAUCCCCUGGCUGCUCGGCAUCUUCGGCGCUCCCCGCGGCAGCUCGUCGUCCCUGCGCCGCGCUCCGCCCCUCCUCGAUCGCGAGUCAGCCGUCUGA